UAGAAAAAGAGAAAAACAGUUAUCUUUCUUUUCAUUUUAGCUGGUCUCGGUGUAAUUGAAGUGAAUUCUACUGCUGUUUGUGAUAACGUUGCUCUUCUAGUUUAAAUAUUGUAUUAUUUAACUCGUGUAUAGCCGCUCAUCAUGUCUGAGGAGCCUGAUACGCCGCCCUUUAGCACCGUCGAUAUUAACAAUGAGAGCCGUGAUGACGAGGAUCUUUUUGCAUCAGCGGUCCAGGAAGUCAGCCUGGACCCAGAGGUGAAUGGGACCCGAGAGACCCUGGAUCAGAUUUCCAUCAGCGAUGCUCCUGUCAACACGGGGUCUAUUGGAAGCCCUAUCAUGGAGGAGAUUGCUACAGAAAGGGCGAACAACAUAAUAAUUACAGUCACAGAGCCACAAAAAAUUGGAGAAGGCAUGAGCUCUUAUGUAGCGUAUAGAGUAUUAACCAAGACCAAUAUGCCAAUAUUCAGUAAACAUGACUUCUCCGUUUUGAGGCGCUUCAGUGAUUUCCUUGGACUUUAUGAGAAGUUGAUGGAAAAGUAUUUACGCUCAGGAAGGAUCAUACCGCCGGCGCCUGAGAAAAGUAUUGUAGGAACAACAAAACUAAAAAUGACGUCAACGCCCUCAACGGAGAGCCCCAACGGCGGCUCGGCCUCCGCCAACGUUCAAUCGCAAUUCGUCGAGCGGCGGCGCGCGUCUCUGGAGCGGUUCCUGAACCGUGUGGCGCAGCACCCCGUGCUCUGUAUUGACCCAGACUUCCGGCAGUUCCUCGAGUCUGACACGGAGCUUCCCAAAGCAACAAGUACGUCUGCGCUCAGUGGCGCCGGUAUGGUGCGGUUUUUCAACAAAGUGGGCGAGACCGUGAACAAGAUCACCUAUAGGAUGGACGAGUCGGACGCUUGGUUCGAGGAGCGCGCCGGCCGCAUCGAGGCUUUGGAGGCGUGUCUGCGGCGCCUGUGCGGCGCGUGCGAGUCCUUGGCGGGCGAGCGGCGCGAGCUGGGAGCACGCGCACACGACACGGCGCGCGCCGCCGCCGCGCUGUCCGGCGCCGACCCGCACGCGCCGCUCUCCCGGGCGCUCAGCCACCUGGCCGACCUGCACGAGAAGAUAGAGCAGUUAAGAAUUGAGCAGUCAAACACCGAUUUCUACGUGCUAACGGAGCACAUCAAGGACUAUCUUGGGCUCAUCCAAGCGAUCAAGGAUGUGUUCCACGAACGAGUCAAGGUGUUCCAGAACUGGCAGCAUGCACAAAUGCAGCUGACGAAGCGAAGAGAGAACAAAGCGAAAGCCGAGCUCGCCAACAGGCCCGAGAAGAUCGAGCAGGCGUCGCAGGAGAUCAUCGAGUGGGAAUCAAAAGUGGAACGCGGACAACAGGAGUUCGAUCAGAUCUCGCGAGUGAUCAAGAAGGAGCUCGAGCGUUGGGACGAGGUGCGGGUGGUGGAGAUGAGGGCCACACUGCUGCGGUAUCUUGAGGAACACAUGAAGCACCAGGCACAGGCUAUCCGCUACUGGGACGCGUUCCUGCCCGAGGCGCGCGCCAUCAAAUGAGGCGCGCUCUGCCGGCGCCUGCACACCGGCCAGGCCGAGCCAAACUGAACCCUAGCGCCCUAUGAAUAGACCUCACUCUAUCUUAACGUUCGGAUGACAAGACUGGGAACGAGGAGAGCGUUGGAACGAAGCUCAGUAGAUGUCGUUAACAGUAAGUAAAGCAAUGUAGUGAGGUCAUUCCACCUUGAAAAUAACGCGAGUCACUUCUUUAUUUCGGAUUAUUUUUGUUUAUAACGCAAUUUUUAAUGUUUAUUUUUUCUCUACGUGGUUGGUUGCUUUUGUCUCUACAUAUAUUGACACUAAAUUUUACAUCAUUAGUUAAAACACCCAAUGAAAAUGUGACUUGCGCUACUUUUUCGUGGUAUGACUCAAAACACUACAUAUGCAAUAGGAAAAAUCUUUGACGGUUUGUUCACAUAAAAUAAGUUUAGCGGCAGUCUCAUAAUCUAUGAACAAUAUUAUAGAUUUUUUUGUAAAACUUAUAAAUAAGGAUAUAAAUAUAACUUUAAAAGUUAGGCUUAAGCGCAAAUUUCCCUGGAAAGGAGUAUUUUAAAACUAAUACGGGACGUAAUCGCGUAAACUUACGUUUAUAUGUAUGGCCUGACGUUUCGAGUCUGCCUGUGACUACGAACGUAACGUCACGUUCGAAACGUCAGGCCAUAUAAUAAAGGUAAGUUUACGCGAUUAAGUCCCGUAUUAGUUUUAAAAUUAAUAAUGAAAAUCGUAUUGGUUUAAAUCAAUAUGAGAAGUAUUUUUGAAUCUGAUUUAAUAUUAAUAAUUUCGAUGGUUGCCAAUAUAUUGUCUUAAAUAUUAGCGACAUCUACUGACCUACGUUUGGUUUUAAUAUUUAGCUAAAUUAAAUAAAUAAUUGUUUAAUAUAAUAAUGUAAAAUGUUCAUUCCCAUUGUAUAUUUGAUUAUUUUUCGUGGCAGUAGGAAGUUAGAGCGCUAAAAACCAUUAUUUGUUAACGUCUCUGUACAUUAAUUACUAUUACGAACGAUAGCGUAACUUACACUGUUCUGGUAAAAUUUGACAAAUUAAGCUUUGGUUUUUAACCCUUGGCUUUUCACCGAUACUUAAUCGAGUUAGCAGGGUUGGAAGGUCAGAUGGCAGUUGAUUUCAUAAAAAAGUAGUGCCUACGCCAAUUGGGAUUAAUUGCCAAGCGUACCCUAAAAAAAAAUAGGCUCCCAUGACUCGCGGCAAAAAUCUGAAUUAAUUCUAAAUUUAAAAUGCCAAGGUCGUAGCAAAUGUAAGAAAGACCCUGUGUUUUUUUAACAAAGGUAUAUUUUAACUGACUAAAUAAUUAUUUCAAGGCUUAAAUAUCUUAACAUCAGUACAGUGUAGUAAACGCAAGCGGAAUAAAUAAAGUCAACAAAGAACAACUAAUUGUAAAUUUUUUUUUUAAUGUUUUUUUUUAUAACAAAAAUACCUGUUAAUUUUAAACUACUUUUGGGAGUAUCGAAAGUCGUUCAUUGAUUUUAAUAUUAGUAAUUUGUACUGUGUAAUGGUAUUAAUGAAUUUUGGUGCUGCAGGGGUACUUUUGUUUGGGCAGGUCUGAUACUUUGAAUACCUCAUUCCUCUCGGUUUACAAUGAUCAUAAUGGAACCCUUUCCUUGUAAAUUCCUAGGAUAAAUACGAAUUGAUUCUAGGUUUUUUUACUUAGUUUCAUGUUAGAAAAGGGUCCCAUUUUGAUUUGCAGCUAGAGAGUAGUAUUCCGAAGUAGCUCUAUAAAAGCAAAGAGAAUUUGAAAUAGAGGUAGGUAGGAAGUAGGUCAAAGAAAAUUUUGUAGUCACAGUAAAUUUACUGCCAUAUUUAGCCACAUGAUUAAAUCUUUUAGAACGCCAUUUGACUUUGAUCCUUAUUUUUUCACAAAAAGUGGUACCAUGUUACCGGGCAUAAUCCAAAGUUUGUGGCGCCGUCGCUCGAAACGAUGCCGCCAUACCUUUGGCCUUUGAUCUAUUAUUAGAUGGCGCCACUUUUUGAUAUUUAACAUAUUAAAUACUUAUCAGUGAAAGGAUAAGGACCAAAGUCAAAUAGCAUUCUAAUAGUUUUAAUAAUGUGUCGAAAGAUGCCAGUAAAUUUACUGUGGCUACAAAGUUUUCUUUGACAAUCCACCUCUAUUUCAAAUUAUCUUUAAUGAAAGUGACCAGUAAAAAAAAAACUUGCUAUUUAUUUUCACGUAAAAGCAUGAAAAAGGACUAAACCCGUUAAUAUAGAUCGUGCCAUCAACGACGAAGCGUGCCUUGACUCAACAACAACAUGACAGUACAUGUUAUCAAAGGUUACAUUUGACAAAUGUGCGCGUCAUCGUGGAUAACACGAACUAU